AUGUCAACAGAAGCACGUAGAAGACUUAUGAGAGACUUUAAGCGUCUUCAGAAUGAUCCACCUGGUGGUAUUUCAGGAGCACCUUGUCCUGAUAAUAUAUUGUUAUGGAAUGCUGUUAUUUUUGGGCCUGAUGGAACAUUUAAACUGGUUCUUCAAUUUGAUGAGAAUUAUCCAAACAAACCACCAUCAGUCAAGUUCAUUUCUAAAAUGUUUCAUCCAAAUGUUUACGCAAAUGGAGAAUUGUGUCUUGAUAUUCUUCAGAAUAGAUGGUCACCAACUUAUGAUGUUGCUGCUAUUCUAACAAGCAUUCAAAGUCUUUUACACGAUCCUAAUCCUAACUCACCUGCAAAUGCCGAAGCCGCCAACCUAUACAGAGAACAUCGUAAAGAAUACAUUAGACGUGUUAAAGAGAUUAGAUUUGUAAAUUAG